AUGCAAGGCUUCAACAUGGGGCGGUACGUGCCGCCCGACGUCGAGGGGACCACGACCGGCAACAAACUGCACAAGAAGCGCCCCCCAGGGUUCUCCGGCGGACAGCAGACAGUACGCUUCGAAAUGCCCUUCGCGAUAUGGUGCGCGCACUGCCCCCAACCCACGCUCAUCGCGCAAGGCGUGCGCUUCAACGCCGCCAAGCGCAAAGUCGGAUCCUACCACAGCACGCCCAUCUUCGCCUUCCUUAUGACGCACACCGCGUGCAGCGGCGCCAUCGAGAUCCGCACCGACCCAGAACACACCACCUACGCCGUGACCUCGGGCGCGCGCCGGCGGGACACGGGGUCGCCCGAUCCGCUCUCGCAGGCCAUACUAACCGACAAGGAGCGCGAGAGCCUGCGCGCGAACGCGUUUGCCAAGCUGGAGAAGACCAUUGCUGACCGCAAGGUCCUCGAGGACGCGAAGGAGCGCAUCGACGAGCUGGAGCUGGAGAGCGCGCGCCACUGGGAGGACCCGUACGAGCAGAACCGGCGGCUGCGCGCUGCGUUUCGCGUCGGGCGCAAGGAGCGCGAGCGGGAUGUCGCGACGGCGGAGAAUUUGCGCGAGAGGAUGAGUUUAGGGAUCGAGUUGCUGGCCGCGACGGACGAGGACGCGCGACGGGCGAAGCUGGUGGAUUUUGGGCCGUCGUCGGAUACCGCGGGCGGCGAGAUGGGGCGCAAAGCGCUUGCGAAGCCGUUAUUCUCGACGGGUUCGGCGAGUGGUAGCGGUAGUGGCGCGGAUACGAAAGACGAUAAGAGGAAGAAAAUGAAAAGCAAGAAGUUGAAAUCCGAAGUCGCUGCUGCUCAGAUGAAGGAUAGUUUGGUGUCUGAGAUCGUUGGCAACACGCGGGUGGCUCAGGACCCGUUUCUGUCGCUGGAUCGUAGCAAUGGGGAUAGUAAUAAAGGCCCCCCCAGGAUUGUUGGGAUUAAGAGAAAAAGGCGAGAGCCAGAGCCGGAGCCAGAGUCUCAAGAUCACGAGGAGCCUAGAUCGUCAGAAAAGAUAGGGGUGGCUAAUACAGAACGAGAAGGGAAAGGUACGGUAUCAUUAACGUCAUUAGUUGAGUACGAUUCGGAUUAA